GGCACAAGUGAGCCACAUCGUACCCUCGCUCCACGCCCCGAUCCAGCGCCGACGACAGACCAAUCUCCACUCCACCAAUUGCUUUCGGCGCGGGAAGCCAGAUCAAUACGACGACGACGAAGAGGAGGACGGCGAAUAGGGCAGGCCGAUUUUGAAGCGAAAAGGAAAACCCAACCCACGAUCCCCGACAGGCAAUUCCUCCACCCCCCGAGCGACACCUAAAAAUCAAAACGCGGGAAGACAAACAGACCAACGGUUCAAAAGAGGGGGGAAACAAACGAAGAAGAAGAGAAAACAAGAGACCACAAUGCCCAACAUCAGACCUAGCAUCGCGCUCCGGGCCGCCACCCGCGCCCUACAGCAGCAGCAGCAGCAGAGCCGGACCGGCGGCGCGAUGGCUGCUGCCCCCCGGCGGGCGGCGGCCGCGCUCUUCUCGACGUCGGCGCGGCGCGGAGCCUCGCACGGGCCCGAGUACGACCCGCCCACGGGCUGGCUGUUCGGCGUCAAGCCGGGCGAGAAGUACCAGAAGGAGGGCUGGGAGAACAUCAUGUAUAUCGGCUUCUUCGGCAGCCUGGCCGUCUUCACCGUCGCCAUGGCAUACAAGCCCGACACCUCCAUACAAACCUGGGCCCUAGAGGAGGCUCGCCGGAGGUUAGAGGCCGAGGGCAUCCUGGAGGACCCGUUCCCCGAGAAGAAGCCCUAGAUGGCGGGUCGAUAGGCUAUGGCACGAUCCCCACCGGCGAACGCUGGUGUGGGAGCCAAAUGAAGCCGUGGCGUCGGAGGGCGAGCCGGAGAGAAAGGCCGACCGACGUGUUGGACGGCAUGUAAAGCAAUUUUUGCCCCGCCUCGUCUAGAAUGAAGCCAUCGAGUUCGAGUUCCAAGACUGGGUCGAUCGAUCGAUAUACUAGGGGAUAGACCUGCGCUCUUUCCUUUUCCUUUUCCUUCCCUCCUUAUUCUUACCCAUCCAUUCUUUCCUUAGGUGUUUUGGCUCCUCCUUUUCUCCCUCUAUUGUCGACACGAAUCAUUCUUACUGCUAGAUCCGUCUGUCUCCCACUCGCCGCUUGCAUGAACGGAGCCUGGGAUUCGAUAUAUUUACGCAACCCAAUCAGGCCGAAAUAGGUCUAUGCAUAACUCCCCCUCUGGUCAACGCCAUCGCGUAUCCAACUGGCCCAUUAUACCCAGAUUGAAAAAGGACAUUUGGAUGUGGGGUAUCCCACCACACAUGCUAGUAUCAACAAAGACAGGCCAGCUUU